GUUUCCCGGAACCGUGGUUCUCUAGGGCAGGAAGUGGAGAGCCGGACCGCCGGAAACCGUAGACCUCGCCAGGUCUGGAAUCGGGGCGUCUCUGCCGCUGGGAACCGUAGUUCUCCGGGAGGCGGGGCCGGCGUGGCGGCCGGGCGGCAUGGCGGGGUUAGAGCUCCUGUCGGACCAGGGCUACCGCGUGGACGGCCGGCGCGCCGGGGAGCUGCGCAAGAUCCAGGCGCGGAUGGGCGUGUUCUCGCAGGCCGACGGCUCGGCCUACAUCGAGCAGGGCAACACUAAGGCGCUGGCCGUGGUCUACGGGCCGCACGAGAUCCGGGGCUCCCGGUCCCGAGCCCUCCCAGACAGGGCCCUGGUCAACUGUCAGUACAGCUCUGCCACCUUCAGCACCGGCGAGCGCAAGCGGCGGCCGCAUGGGGACCGGAAGUCCUGCGAGAUGGGUCUGCAGUUGCGCCAGACCUUCGAGGCAGCUAUCCUUACGCAGCUGCACCCACGCUCCCAGAUUGACAUCUAUGUGCAGGUGCUGCAGGCAGACGGUGGGACCUACGCCGCUUGUGUGAAUGCAGCCACGCUGGCCGUGCUGGAUGCGGGGAUACCAAUGCGGGACUUUGUGUGUGCCUGCUCAGCAGGCUUUGUGGACGGCACAGCCCUGGCGGACCUCAGCCACGUAGAGGAAGCAGCUGGCGGCCCCCAGCUGGCCCUGGCCCUGCUGCCAGCCUCGGGCCAGAUCGCACUGCUUGAGAUGGAUGCCAGGCUGCAUGAGGACCACCUGGAGCGGGUGCUGGAGGCCGCUGCCCGGGCUGCCCGAGAUGUGCACACCCUGUUGGACCGAGUGGUCCGGCAGCAUGUACGCGAGGCCUCUAUCUUGUUGGGGGACUGAGCGUCCUGCCACCUGUGCCCAGAAUAAAAUCCACACACCAUA